GGUCCCUGAACUGCUGCAGCUGCUGCUGCUACUUUAGGGGUCGUAGCUGUUGCUGCUGGUGCUGUUGUUGUUGGUGGUGCUGUUGUUGGUGGUGCUGCUGUUGUUGGUGGUGCUGUUGCUGUAGUGGCUGUGGUUGUUGCUGCUGCUGUAGUCGCUGCUGCUGUAGUCGCUGUUGUUGUUGCUGCUGCUGCUGUAGUGGCUGUGGUUGUUGCUGCUGCUGUAGUUGCUGUUGUUGUUGGUGCUGCUGCUGUAAUUGUUGUUAGUGCUGCUGCUGUAGUUGCUGUUGGUGGUGGUGCUGCUGUAGUUGUUGUUGGUGGUGGUGCUGCUGUAGUUGUUGUUGUUGGUGCUGCUGCUGUAGUUGUUGUUGGAGGUGCUUCUGCUGUAGUCGCUGCUGUUGUUGUUGGUGCUGCUGCUGUCAUCUUGGUUGUCGUCGUCUCGCCCAAAGUAAUCGCCGGAAGAGCAACCAUGGGGCUCUUCAUGUCCCGAGCUCUGGAGGACAACAUGAAGCGGCAGCAGGAGUUCAUGCUGCUCAACCAGCGGCUGCAGAUGGAGCGUCAGAUGGCCAUGCAGAGCCAGAUGCAGCUGCGGCAGAUGGCCAUGCAGCUCGCCGGCUCCCGCGAGUUCUUCAAAUACUACGCCUCCUUCUACAGCCUGGCCACCGUCACGCUCACCGCGGGCGCCAUGCGGAGCAAGCGGCCGGGCCUGCUGGUGCCGCUGGUUCCCCUGGGCUUCGUGUUGGCCUACCAGUACGACCGCGCCUACGGGAGCAUGCUGCAGCGCAUGAGGGACGAAGCCGAGUGGCUCAUGGACAAGGACGCGGGGCGCCUGCAGCUGCCCCACGGCCUGCCGACCUUCGAGGACGUGGAGAAGUGCCGGCGUGCCAACGUCAAGUUCCCGCCCGCGUCGGGAUAAGGCGGCGCCAUCGCCAUCGCCACCGCCAUCGCCCGCUCGUUAGGGGGGGGGGGGGAUCUGCUCGUGAACGCGUGCGGUGCAUUGUGGGUGGAGGCGAUCGUAGAAACAGCUGUAGAAUCAUCAGCAGUAGCAGCACCCGUUAGCAGUCGCUGCAGUAUCAGCAGUCGCAGCAGAUGUCGGAUCGUCUGUAGGAUGAGCAGCUGUAGCAGCUGUAGCGGCAGCAGCAGCUGUAGCAGCAGCAGCUGUAGCAGCAGCAGCUGUAGCAGCAGCAGCUGUAGCAGCAGCAGCUGUAGCAGCAGCAGUAGCUGCAGCAGCUGCUGCUGUAGCAGCAGCAGUGCCCCCCUCCCCCUCUCUCCCUCCUUCUACCUCUGCCACUCGUGAACAUCGUGGGGCAACCCCGUCCCGUUCCGUCCAUUGCUCAGGUUUUGUCAGCCCCCCCCCCCCGCACCC